CCGUAUUCCCCAUUCGCAUCUAUCGUAUUUUAUUAAAAUGAAGUAAUCCGGUCACAUCUAGUCUCAAAUCAACCGUCAUGAACCGCCGAAUCCUAGUAAUUGCUGGUUCCGACAGCUCUGGCGGGGCGGGAUUAGAGGCCGACCAAAAAACCAUCGCCGCUCAUGGAUGUUAUGCAAUGACAGCGACAACGGCUUUGACCGCCCAGAAUACGAUGGGGGUCAGAGCCAUCCACGAGACGCCCCCGGACUUCCUGCGUCAGCAAAUCGCUGCUUGCGUGGAGGAUAUUGGGGUCGAUAUUGUGAAGACAGGUAUGGUGGCCUCCGAAGCAGCCAUAAAUGUCAUAUGCGAUGCCCUGCAAAGCCUUCCGACUGUAUCAGCUGUCAUCGACCCAGUUAUGGUAGCGACAACUGGAUCAAAAUUACUUCCGGAGUCAGCUGUCAAGAUCUUGGUCUCUCGGAUGCUUCCCCUGGCCACGAUAUUGACUCCCAAUGUCCCCGAGGCGCAGGCGCUACUUGCGGUUGCAGGCAAACAAGCGCCUGGGAUCGAGAAUAUCGAUAGCUUGGUUGAGCUGGCGAGACUGGUCCAAGGACUCGGGCCGAAGUACGUCCUUCUCAAAGGCGGCCACGCUCCGUUGACAGAGGGCCUAGUCACUGCGAGGACUGAUUCGGAACGAGAAAUCGUCACCGAUAUCCUCGUCGGUGGAGACGAGCCGUUGAUUAUACGCUCACUAUACUCGACGUCUAAUAAUACUCACGGCACAGGGUGUUCGCUCGCUUCUGCAAUCGCGUCCAAUCUGGCACUUGGGAAAGGAGUCCCGGAAGCAGUGAAGGCCGCUUGCCGCUUUGUGGAAGUCGGUAUCAAAACCAGCCAAAACAUUGGAAAGGGAAGUGGGCCGAUAAACCAUUUCCACUCGACAUAUUCGCUGCCAUUUGCUCCGGGCUAUUUCAUCGAUUAUAUCCUAGAACGCGCCGAUGUGAGGGAGCCUUGGGCCCAGCAUGUCCAACACGACUUCGUGAUGCAACUUGCAAGAGGCUCCCUCGACAAGGCAAGGUUCAACCAUUACCUGGUACAAGACUAUCUCUUUCUCAUACAAUUUGCCCGGGCCAAUGCACUAGCGGCAUAUAAGGCGAAGACCUUGGCUGACAUUCAACAGGCAGUCAACGCUGUUGCAGACAUCCAGAGGGAGACCGCUCUCCAUAUCACUUUCUGUGAGGAAUAUGGGUUGUCUAAAUCAGAUAUUGAAAGGGCCGAAGAAAGCCAAGCAUGUACUGCAUAUACUAGAUAUGUCUUGGAUGUUGGACAUUCCGAGGACUGGUUGGCGCUGCAGAUUGCACUUCUGCCUUGUCUUCUCGGCUACGGCGUCAUUGCAACUCGCUUGAUAGCGCACCCGGACACGGUCCAAGAGGCCAACCAGUACUAUCAGUGGAUUGAGCAAUACGCCGGACCGGAUUAUCAAGAUGCUGUGAGGCAGGGGAGAGCACUGAUCGAGGAGCACGCGACGAAGCUGUCUCCUAGCCGCGUGGAAGAACUAGUGGCUAUCUUCAUUCAUGCCACGAAGAUGGAAAUCGGUUUCUGGGAGAUGGGUUCAGGGGGGAUCUAACUGCUGGAGCAUCGGCCAACCGGAAAGCACACGGUUGAAUAACUCUAUUGUCCCACAGCGUGGUAGAGAAACUGUAUAUGCUGGAGAAGAUAUUUCAUGCAAUAAGAAAACGGUACAGUAGGUACUCUCAGUAGUGCCUCGACGAAACUGGAGCGAGCAUCUGGUAGCAUUGACGACUGCCUCAACAAGGACCACGUGACCUGCUUGAGAACAUAUCCUCUUACCAAAGAAUAUGCACCUAUACAGUCCCAAACAUAGGGCAGGGAUGGGAUCAUGACUGAUUCACAUAUAUAUCGACAAGGAUGCUGCUCAAUCUGUAAUUACAAGGAUCCGAUGGUUAUGAAUGCUUGCAUGUGGUCUUUUCAGUUGAUAUUGGCAGGAAAUAGGAAUCAAUAUCAGAU